AUGCCAGGAAAUAAUUUAUGUCCAUCUAAAGAGCUUUAUAGCUAUAAUUGCACUACACUAAGUCAUUAAAACUUAACCACUAAUUGUGGACCAUUUUCAUCAUGUAAACAAAUAUUCUCGAGUGGCUAAUUUGGAUGUUGCAGAAUUGGAUAUCUUGCUGCAAAUGCUGCUCAAAUUAUUGUUUAUAUAAUCAUCCUGCCAAUAAUUGGUAUAGGAAUUUUAGGAGCUUUAGGAGGUUAAAAUAAAAUAAUUGUUAGGUGGUGUUGUAAAAAGACCUUUUCUAGAAGCUACACUAAAUUUUGAUUCGGAAUCUGCAGGAAAUAUGACGAUGUGUCUACAAUUUGGAAGUCAAUUGGUUAACAUAAUCAUCAUAUUUUUUCAACGGUAACAUUUAACAAUUAUAUUAGUCAUCCUGAGGAUCCUGACAGACCAAUCAUAAAUUUUGAGAUUGCUUUAAUUUAUUGUUUAGCAAUACCUCUUAGUUAAGCUUUAGGAACAGAAUUUGCUAAUUAUUUACCAUUAGGUUCAUUACUUUGGAUUUAAAAUAUUUUUUUUGUUGCAAUAUGUCCAAUUUUAUUUUUGUUUGCAACUAAAGAACUAACUUUAUAAACUUAGAAGGAAUAAGAUAAUGAAAUAUUACUUAAAUCAGCCCUUGUUCCUCUUGAAGGAUUGAAGGGUCAAUAAUAAUUAUAAGAUUAAGAAGCCAAACUAUAUAAGAAAUUUUAUGAUGAUUAAUGUAAUAAAUUCCCUUUACCAGCAAUCUUAAUUACUUUUGGUAACUUUGCUAUAAAUGAAGUAAAUAUUUGAUAUGAUAAAAUUAGGCAAUUAUUCUAACUAGAACAACACCAGGAUUAACAUCUCCUUAUUUCAAUGAUCCAAAAAAAAAUAAUAAAGGUGAAUGUGAAGCUUGGAAUUUUUAUAUGUUACUUGUAUUAUUUGCAGUAAAUACUGUAAUAACUUUGGUUGUAUAUUUUAUAAAAAGAAAAGAAGAAUAUACUAAAGAUGCUGUUAAAUUUUUUAAUUGUGAAAGAUUUUAUACUCCUGGAACAAGAUUUUGGAAGAUAUAUGCAGCUGGUUGGGUAACAGGAAUUGUAGCAGGAUUUUUUGGAAUGGCAGCAGGAUUAAUCAUGGUUACAACAAUGGCUGAAUUUGGAUUGAUAUCAGCUGUAGCUGGUGGAACUGCUAAUUAUUGUUAUUUCAUAAUUUGUUUUUAACUUUUUGCAACUGUAUUAUCCAAUUAAAAAGAAGAAAAUAAUUUUGGUGUUGGAGAUUAAUUUUUUUUUUAUGGAUUAGGAGUAUUUAUUUAUUUAUUAAUUAUUUUUAGAUGAUAAGUGUUCUAAUAUUCACAAAUUUAGGAUAUUAUUAUUUAAAGAAAUAUAAUAUUGGUCAUGCUUUAUUCUAUAUAGAUUUUGCAUUGGUUUUAUUGAACAUUGCAGGUAAUCUUGCAUGGGGAAUAGAAACUUCAGAUAGACAUAAUUAUGAUUACUUAAUGAAACCUCCUCUAAGUUGUUCUACAUCAUAGAAAGGUGAUAUUUGA